AUGAAACAUAUUUUCGAAAUAUCUCUUUAUUUUCUCGCAUUAUCAUUUUUGACCGUUACAACUAAUGCACAAUCAAAAGAAUUAGAAGGAAAUUGGCCAGCUCUUGAUAAGCCUCCACCAACUAAUGAAUCUUGGACUUCUUUAGUUGAUAUGUUAAAUGUUCCUAAUGUUCCGUUAUCUAAAGACGAAAAUGAUUGUGGCGCAAAUGACGCAAAUGAUGAAUUUUGUAAAUGGAGUUGUACUCAAUGCACUCGUAAUGUAUCCGACAUAGUUGUCUGUCCCAAUAAAUCAGAUUGGGGUCUCACCUUCGAUGAUGGGCCAACAGAUUAUACGGAUGCUUUAUUAGAUUAUUUGGCUUCAAAAGAUGUUAAAUUAACAUUUUUCGUUGUCGGUUCACGCGUGAAAGAAAAUCCACAAACCUUGCUAAAAGCAUUCAAAGCUGGACAUCAAAUUGGAGUACACACUUGGUCCCAUAGCUUGCUUACCACACAAACCAAUGAGCAAAUCAUAGCAGAAAUCAAAUGGACAGAAAAAGCGAUAAAACAAGCCGUGGGUUAUACACCAAAAUAUAUGCGACCACCUUUAGGAAACAUUGAUGAUCGUGUUAGAGCAAUCGUAACUCAACUCGGUUAUAAAAUUGUUAUUUGGGAUAAAGAUACGACUGAUUAUGAUGCAGAUAAAAAAUAUUUUAAAGCCGAAUGGAUUGAAGGAAAUUUUACUAAUUGGGUUAAGGAAACUUCUACAACUGGACAUAUAUCGUUAGAACAUGAUUUAUAUCAAGCAAGCGCUGGUAGAGCUGAGUAUGUUGUACCGAUUGUACAAGGUGCGGGAUUUAAUAUUAAACCCGUAGCUGUUUGUUUAGAUGAUCCAAAUCCCUACGUUGAAGAAUAUAGUUUGACUACAAACAAUACUGUGGCUAAAACUCCAACGGUUGAAACUUCAGCGACCGUAACCUCAAAAAAUGAUGUCCCAACCGAAUCUCCUUCAAGUGCUAUUUCAUUAACGAAAAAUUAUAAUUUAUAUUUAUUUAUAUUUUUAUUUAUAGGAUCUUUUAUUUUGUAUUUUAUUUAA